ACCUCUGUGUGCUCGCCAUGGCCAUUACUAUUCACCUGUUCCCUUAGUCGUUCCGUUAGCUUCACUUUUGAACUCCGCCGACGCGAGCGGACAGUUUUUGUUUUUAGUUGCAGAACAAGUUGUCGUUGUGCCUUGGCGCCAAUUUCGAAACUGCACCUUUGUUGCACUUCGUCGUCGUCGUUGACUUCCUCCCCACUUCCCGUUCACAUUUCCUUUCGCUUUCCCGCCGCGCGCGCCUCCCUGCCCACCAUUUGCCUCCUAUUGGCCCGAGGCCCCGAUGGCAGCUAGCAAAUUCAGUUCCAGUUCCGCCAAGCAGACCACACAUUUCGAGGCGACAUGUGCAAAGAUCUCUGCCUUCUACUUUGACCUGGACAAUACGCUGAUCCCGACGCGGGCCGGCGACCUGAAGGCCAUCCGCAAGCUCGGCGACGUUCUGGAGACGCAGUACCAGUUCAGCAAGGAUGACGCCAGCCUCUCCACGCAAAACUUCCUCAAGGCCUUCCGCCGGUGUCCGGAUAACUCGCAGACCUCGCUGGACUCCUGGCGGACGCAUCUGUGGCGCGAAUCGCUGCCACCGCGACACAAGCACCUCGCCGAGCAGAUAUAUCCGCAGUGGCUGCGCCUGCGCUAUCGUUAUCUGGCCGUUCCGGCCGACUAUGUCCAGCUGCUGGUGCGCAUGCGCCAGGCGGGCUACGCCCUGGCCCUCAUCACCAACGGGCCCUCGAAUGCCCAGUGGGAGAAGGUGGCCAAGCUGCAUGUGCGCGGCUACUUUGACUGCGUUCUGGUGUCCUCCGACCUGCCCUGGGAGAAGCCCCAUCCGGAGAUCUUCUAUGCCGCCUGCAAUUUCCUCAACGUCAAGCCGCAUCAGUGCGCCAUGAUUGGCGACAAACUGGAGACGGACAUCAAGGGCGGUCACCUGGCCCAGCUGGGGCUCACCUUCUGGACGCCGCUGAGCAGCAGCAGCAAUUCGGCCGCCCAGUCGCUGGAGGAUGUGGAGUACAGGCCACACAUCAAGCUGGGCAGCCUGCUGGAGAUGUACAAGUACUUUCCGCGCCUCAAUGCCAUUGCUACGCUCGAUAGUUCGUCCACAUCCCGGCGUCGUGGUAGUCACAUAAGUGGCAGCGUUGUCAAUGGGAGCAGCGGGAGCGGAAGCGGGAGCAGUGGCAGCGGGAGCAUCAUCAGCUCAAGUGCAAGCUGUGAGCCGGCGCACCAGCAACAGCGGCAGUGGGUCUAUCGCCGCGGCGUUUCCCUGCCAGCCAUGGAUUGCUCCAACAGCGAGGCGGAGAACAGUUGCGACAGCUUCCUCUAGACGAGGAGAGAGAGCAGGUCCUCGAGAGAGGCAGAGGAGGAACGUGAAAUUGAUACAAAAAAUGUACCUUCAGUUUACAAAACUAUAGCUAAAAGAGAAACGAGAGAGAAGGAGGAGCGCCAGGAGGAACUACGGACAAAGGGACAUCCAGGAGAUGAUUGAAAACGAAUGCAGGAAUUUAAAGUUCAACUAUUAGCGGGAGAGGAGCCCCUACACACACUCACACACUUUACACACGGUGAAUCUCGAUAUCUGCCAUUAGACUAAAAUUAGGGCUAGCGAACAGAGCAGAAGGAAAUCCAAGCAGGAGAGACACAAACACAAACCAAAUGUAUUUUUCUAAGCGAAUUUUCUCUCACACACUGUUUUUGUACAUUGAUAGCCAAUGCAACAACAACAAAGCGCCAUUCUAAAGUUAAACAAAUGAUAAACGAUAAUCGAUAAAUGGAUCAUCAAUGAUAGAGCAGAGAAAACCCCAGAGGAAACGCAUCACUAACGAAUCUGUGGCGUAUGUAUUAGGGAGGGCGGGAUAUCGAUAUCGAUAUUGAUUAUCGCAACAAUUCAAGCGAGCAGAUAAAUCAAAUAACUUCAAAAUCAUUCUUUGAUUCUAUUUUUUUAAUAUUUGAACAAAAUAAUUACCUAUCGAUUGAUAUUUUAAAGCUUAAUUCUAUAUUUUACCAAUUUUUUGAUUCUGAAUUUUCCUUGCCUCCCUAAUACAUAUUUACAUACACACACACAUAUUUAGCACUGAGUUGGAUGUACGUGAAAUGUUAACUAUUGUCUUAGUCGUAGCCUUUAGCUGGUACCGUUAUUUAAGCCGCCCACUCCAAGCCAAGCCCAAGAGGAGCUCUCCUGAGGCACGAGGCCUCUGUUGGCAAAUUGUUAUUUGCAAUUUCACCCCAUAUGUCCCAUCCAUUCCCCGAUCCUGUCCCCCCGAUCACAAGCCUACCCAAUGUUGAUGAUAGAUACGAUACACCUGUGCACCACUAUUGAUCAUGGAUAUUGAAUAAUAAAUGACACUACGCGUACAAGUACAAA